AUGAGAUCAAAUAAUACAGAGAUAGAAGAUGGGUGUCUGCACAAGAAGCAAUGGAGAAUUUUUGAAUUCAACUUAAAUGAAAUGUUUCCAUAUGUGAUCAAUUUGCAAUUGCAUCUACGUAAUAAACAAAUGAUAUGGUACUGGGAGAGGCAGAAUUUGGAAAAUAUUCUCCAGUCAGAUAAUUCAUCAAAGGCAAUGCUUACGGAAUUUUUCAAUAUGAAUUCCAAUGAUCCAAAAGCAAGAAAAUAUCUCUAUAGAGAAGUCCCAGAGCAUUAUGUGUGGAAUAGGCAAAGAAAAUGUUGGACCACCAGACAGAUAAAAGAAUCAAUUGGACUUGUAAAUUCAGCCAAUCCUUCAGAAGGAGAACGAUUCUAUUUGAGAUUGCUACUGAAUCAUAUAAGAGGACCAACUUCAUUUAGAGAUCUAAUGUGUAUAGAUGGAAUUAAAUGCUCAUCUUUUAAGGAAGCUGCUAAAAAAAGAGGUCUUCUAAAAAGCGAUGAAGCCAUUUUAGAAUGUUUGAAAGAUUUAGCUCACUUUCAAAUGCCAAAGAUCAUUCGUAAACUUUUUGUAGUGAUAAUUGUUCAUCGUGAGCCAGGUGAUGUUAAAAAGUUAUGGGAUGAAAAUUUUGAAGCAAUGUCAGAAGACAUAAGGAGAACAACUGGCACAACUGAAUACCACAUAUUACAAACCUUAAGAGAUGUCAAUUCCUUUUUAGAGAGCAUGGGCAAAAGCAUCAAUCAGUAUGACUUGCCAAGGGUAGAAAAUGAUCCUGAUCUUACACAAAAAAAUCAAGCAAGAGAAUUCUCAGAUGAAUGUUCUAUACAAGUACCAUUGGAAGAUUAUGAUGCGCAAUAUAUGUUGAAUUUUGAGCAAAAAAUUGCAUACAAUUUAAUUCUAAACCAAGUCAACUCCAAAAAGAGUGGUAUAUUUUUUAUUGAUGGACCAGAAGGUACAGGAAAGACAUUUUUAUACCAUGCACUAUUAGCAAAAAUCAGAUCGACUAAUGAAAUUGCACUUGCAAUAGCAACUUCAGGAGUAGCAGUCGCAAUAAUGCCAGGGGAGAGAACAGCACAUUCAAGAUUUAAAAUUCUCAUUAAUAUAAAUGAUUCAAGUGUAUGCAAUUUCUUAAAACAAAGUGCAAUGGCAAAAUUAAUCCGUCGAGCAAAAUUGAUCAUAUGGGAUGAGGCACCAAUGGCUAAACGGCAAGCAAUUGAAGUAGUGGAUAGGACAUUACAAGAUAUAAUGGACAAUGUAGAACCAUUUGGAGGAAAAGUAUUCGUGUUUGAAGGUGACUUCAGACAGCUGCUCCCUGUGGUCCCUCGUGCUACAAGAACAGAAAUGAUAGAUGCAAGGUUGGUAAGGUUGUGGCCAAAAAUGGUGAAGUUGCAACUAAAAACCAAUAUGAGGGCUAGAAAUGACCCAAGUUUUAGUGAAUUUCUAUUACGAGUAGGUAAUGGAGAAGAACCAACUGAAUUAGAAGAUUUGAUUCGCAUUCUAGAUGAAUUGUUGAUACAAUACAAACAUGAAGAUACAUCUGAAGAUGAACUGAUAAAUGCAAUAUUUCCUUCAUUGCAACAACAUGCCAAUUCGACAGAAUACAUUAAAGAUCGGUCAAUCUUGGCAACUAAAAAUGAUACAGUUGACAAACUAAAUGACAAGCUUAUUGAGCAAUUUCUAGGAGAAAGUGUUAUAUAUUACAACUUUGAUUCAACAACUGAUGAUGCACAAACACAAUACCCAGAAGAAUUUCUCAAUUCCUUGGCACCAAAUGGGCUUCCCCCUCAUAAAUUGGUUUUGAAGAAAAAUUGUCCAAUCAUGUCAUUACGCAAUUUGGAUCCUGCACAUGGAGAAUGCAAUGGUACACGAUUGGUUUGUUGGGAAUUUAGAAGGAAUGUCGUUCUAGCAGAAAUUACAAUUGGACAAUUUUCAGGCAACCUUGUGCCUCUUCCAAGAAUACCAUUAUGCCCAACAGAAAAUGAAGGCUAUCCUUUCCACCUAAAAGAGAGCAAUUCCCAAUAA